GCUGCGGCCCAGCACUGGGCAUUCCCUCUCCAUUGACGGGCUGCACUGGCACCGGCACUGCGCCCGAGCCCCACACCGCUCUCCCCGCCUUUUCACGCUUCCUGACACCCUCACACACUCUCCUCGCGACUCCUCCCUCGCUCCUACUCUCCGGUGUCUCUGGGCGCCGCCACUCCCCCUCUCCGUGGCUCCCCCGAACUGUGAAGAAGGGGCUGUAACCCCGAGGACUUUGCCGCCGCUCCGACUGGAACCUCGCUAAUGGUUAACUGGGCGCGCCUGACAGAGAACUUAGGGGCGUCCCGUGCCGAAGUCCGCCUGCUGAUUCUUCCUCGACCAGGUUUCGGUUCCCUGGAAGCCACAGACUCGCAGGAGCCUCCGGCAAUGAAGUCUGUUGUAGUGAAAUGGCUACUGGGGCUUCUUGCAGUUGCAGUUCUCAUUACAAUUAUAGCCGUUCCUGUAGCUUUGUUGACUAAUAAAAGUACUCCUGACCCUCGAAGGACAUUUACCCUACAGGAUUACUUGAGUGAUAAUUUUCAGUACAAAUCGUACAGCUUGCAGUGGAUUUCAGGAAAUAAGUAUCUCCAGACAAGACAGAACAACAUCUUUCUCGUCAAUGUUGAUGAUGGAACAGAUUCUGAAAUCUUCACAAAUAGCACAUUAGCAUAUUAUAAUGCUUCUGAGUCAAUACUGUCAGCAGACCAAAAGUAUGCUCUUCUGCGAUACAAUUAUGAGAAGGUGUGGAGACAUUCAUACACUGCAUCAUACUACAUCUAUGAUCUGAAUACUAGCUCUUUAGUAACUGACAACCAACUUCCUACCAAUAUCCAGUACAUAUCCUGGUCACCUGAUGGUCACAAACUGGCCUAUGUUUGGCAGAACAAUGUUUAUGUGAAAGAAACACCACAUGCCGCCAUUUUACAGAUCACCAAAAAUGGAGAAGAAAACAAAAUUUUUAAUGGAUUAGCAGACUGGGUUUACGAAGAGGAAAUGUUUGGCACCCAUGCUGCUCUGUGGUGGUCUCCAAAUGGCAAUUUUUUAGCAUAUGCAGAGAUUAAUGAUACUGAAGUUCCUGUUAUAGAAUAUUCGUUUUACUCCGAAGAUUUGCUGCAGUAUCCAAAGACCAUUAGAAUCCCAUAUCCUAAGGCAGGUGCUACAAAUCCAACUAUAAAACUGUUUGUUUUGAAUACUCAAUCACUUUCCAGCAUCAGUAUCACUGAAAUUGUUGCACCACCUAGCAUAUUUUCAGGGGAUCACUACCUGAGUGUUGUAACAUGGGUGACCAAUGAGAGAAUUUGCCUGCAAUGGCUCAAAAGGAUACAGAAUUAUUCGGUUCUUGCAAUCUGCGACUACUCAGAAGGAAACAGAACAUGGCUAUGUCCAAAGGAAAAAGAACGGACUGAAGAAAGUAGCACUGGUUGGAUUGGCAGAUUUCAGCCAUCCGAACCUUACUUUGCACCUGACAAUAUUAGCUACUACAAAAUAAUCAGUGAUGGAAAUGGCUAUAAGCACAUCCACUACAUUAACAGCACAAAAAACGUGAUCCCUAUUACAUCUGGAAAAUGGGAGGUAAUCAGCUUAUCUGCCCUAACUGAUGCCUAUAUAUACUUCAUCAGUAAUGAAUUUGAAAAUAAACCAGGAGGAAGAAAUCUUUAUAAAGUGGAUUUAAGAAAUGACUACAGGAAAACAUGCAUUAGUUGUGAGCUAUUCAAAGAAAGAUGUCAGUAUUAUUCUGCAUCCUUUAGCACAGAUGCAAGAUAUUAUAAACUGAACUGUAUUGGUCCUGGCGUGCCUUAUUACACCUUGCAUAACAGCAAUACAGAUAAAGUUAUUAAAAUCCUGGAAAAUAAUACGUAUUUUGAUAAUUUGUUGAAGAACAUCCAGAUGCCUUCCAAAAGAGUUGAAAACCUUACACUGCAUGGAGAAACAUUCUGGUACCAGAUGAUCUUACCACCUCACUUUGACUCUAAAAAGAAAUACCCUCUCCUCAUUGAUGUGUAUGCAGGGCCCUGUAGUCAGAAAGCAGAUUAUAUCUAUCGAAUCAGUUGGGCCACAUAUCUUGCAAGCACAGAACAGAUCAUUGUGGCUAGUUUCGAUGGGAGAGGAAGUGGCUAUCAAGGAGACAAAAUCAUGCAUGCAAUAUUUCGAAGACUGGGGACCUAUGAAGUUGAAGAUCAGAUCUUGGCAGCCAAAAAGUUUUCUGAAAUGAGCUUUGUGGAUGAGAAGAGAAUAGCAAUUUGGGGCUGGUCAUAUGGUGGGUAUGUGACUUCUAUGGUGCUUGGAUCUGGAAGUGGCAUAUUCAAGUGUGGAAUAGCUGUUGCCCCUGUGUCACGCUGGCAAUAUUAUGAUUCUAUAUACACUGAACGCUACAUGGGUCUUCCUACAAAAGAUGACAACCUGUAUUACUAUGAGAAUUCCACAGUGAUGGCCAGAGCUCAGAACUUCCGACAGGUUGAGUAUCUUCUGAUCCAUGGAACAGCAGAUGAUAAUGUUCAUUUUCAGCAGUCAGCCCAAAUCUCAAAAGCUCUGGUUGAUGCAGAGGUGGAUUUCCAAGCUAUGUGGUAUACAGAUAAAGAUCAUGCAAUUGGAGGCCUUGCCCACAACCAUAUCUACAUCCAUAUGAGCCAUUUUAUUAAGCAGUGCUUUGCAUUGUCAUAAUACUGAGAAGACAACCUGCAUCUCAUGCUGGCAUUUGUUUUAUGAAGUUCGGGGCAGGGCGGGAGAAGCACUUUCCUAGUUAAUUGUCUCAUCUUACAAUGCACGGAGACAGUCAAGUUGAUUUCUAUGGACAUUUGAAUGAAGAAAAUAUGUGUUUUUUACCUUUGUAAUUCCUUUAUAUAAUAAUCCUCUGAGCAAGAACCAAAGAUCUGCAGGGAUCUCUCACACAUGCAAAAACAUUCCCUUCUCUGCAGAUGGGUAUUUGCCUCUCAAGUGGGUGGGGUUGCUUUCCUUGUAGAAAGUCCUACAUAUGAAGACUCUGGGCAUGGAGUGAAGCACAGGAAUGAGUACAAGAGCCAAUGGAUUGCAGCAGUCUCUUGUGAAGGGGUGGGGGAAGUAACCAUUACUCUUUUGAAACAAAGUUUAAAUCAGGUUUCCAUGUUAUUUGUUAUAAGCCGCGUGGGGUGGGGGGGUGAUACUUGAACGGCUGAAUUCUAGAAUUAGCAGCACAUGAUGCUUGCAGAACAUGACAACCCUUUUGUAACAAAAUGGAAUUAGUUCUAGCUUUCCAGGCUGCUCCAGUCCUGCAGCCAGAUUAUGUGGGCAGCUCAUCUGUUUCUUGCCCAUCUCUGUCCCAUUUAAUGAAGCCAGAUCUUGAGCUUGGCAAUGGCAGAACACUUUGAGAAUCAGGAACAUGUGUUUUGUGUGGAUACCACAGUGAGUUCUGACAGAUACACACACACACACACACACAGACACAGAGCCUCAGGACUUUAGAAACAUGUAUACUGGAAGUGAUUUGGCUAGUAGUAAAAUUCUGAAUACUACCAGCAUUUUGCCAGUAUCAGUGGUUGUGCCUGUUGGAUGAACCAGUCACAAAACCCCAGCCUCAUCCAAUUGACAACCGCAUCUUCUUUGCUGAUAGCACCUUUACCAAGUGUUAUCUGUCCAGUAUGCUGUUUCCAGUAAGAGACCUGUAGCAGGUCCUCUUCAUGCACAUACCUAAUGGUGUAGGAGCUGCUUCCAUGUGGUAUUAUUGUUGCUGACCGUGGUCUUUCCCACUUGCUUUUUGUUUUCGUUCCUGGUGGAAUGCAGGUUGACUGGGGGAGCCAUGGCUCAAACAUCUAUUAGAGUAAAAUAUUCAAGUGUGUGUGUGUGUGUGUGCGCGUGCACACGCGCGCGCGCACACACACACACGCACACCCCAUGGUACUAUACCACAGGGAAGUGGCUCCUGUAUGACUGCAGGUGGAGUCUCAGAUGCUAUGGAAUGAGGGGCAUGUAAGACAUGGAGCUGUUCUUUUUUUUUAGGCCAUUGUGCUUUCCAAGCACCAUCCAUGUGAUGUGAGACUUCAGCAGGAAGCCAUCUUUGGUGUGCUUCACAGGUCUCCCCUUCUUAAGUAAUAUUUUAAUAUAAGCCCUGUGGAGCAUUCCGUUUUGGUUUUUUUCAGGCAAACAUGACCACUACUGGUAAAUCACAAAUAGUUAAAUAAAACACAACAUCCUCCAGCUAAUAUGAGCAAUAUAAUUUAUGUGAAUGAGGUAUACCUUUUUGGCUUUAUUUCUCAUCUGAUGCUGUGGUUGUUUUACAGUGCCCUGCCCAUUCAUGACAUUCCAUACCACUUUUAACCAAAGUGCCUUAGAAUUUAUUCAACGUGCUCUUAAUUGGCAACAUAUUUUGUCCCACAAAUGUUGCCGUUCUGAAUGCAAUGUAAUAAAGCCAUAUUUGUGGUA